UAUUUGGAGGGUUGGGCUGAGUGUAUGUGUGAGUGUGUGAGUGUGUGUGUGUGUGUAAAGGGCGAUGGGGGUGUGUUCAGGAAGAGAGACAAAUGGUUUAAGAAUCACUGGGUGUUUCCAAUGCAUUGCAACAAGAAAAGAACAAAUGAACGGGAUUGGUACAACAGACAGCGCAGCGCAGCGCAGAGAGAGCGGAGCAGAGAGAGCGGAGCGGCCUCUGGGUGGGGAGACACACACGUGAUGGGAUAUCAGAGGAGUCGAAGAGAGAAAUCGUUUGAGGGUAGUGCUUCAUUGAGCAACCCUCCAUCAGAUGCAGCCUCUCCAGCAAGCAAGUGUGUGAAAGAGCAAUUGAAAGACAUUCAAGAAUGUCCUGACCCAGGUUUGAAGAAAGAUACGCACAAGACUGAAUCUGUGCAAUGUUCUUCCUCUCAAAUUAACUGCAAGAAUAAGAUUUCUGGUUCUUCCCAUCCAACUCGAUCUUCAACAUUUUCGAACUGUGGAGACCACAGGAAAUCUCAUGGCAUAAAUGGCCACACACCAGGUGCAUCAGGACAUUCAACAGAUCAGUGGCUGUAUGGCGAAUGUAUUGGAAACCAUGGGGAAGAAGCUGCAAAAAGGAUGUUACUUGUUCGACUCUCGUCUCCUGAUCAAGCCGUAAGAAAUGACAAGACCGAGGAGGAAGCUGUUCCCGAGCAGAGCGCAGCAGUUCCUGAAGUAAGAGGUGCUUCUUGCCUUCCUACACCUUCAGCAUCGCCAGUCGAGAUGGAGAAUAAUGAAAACGGCUCUCUAGACACUAAAAACUUAGUUGAAAACGGAAAACCGUUUGAUCCUGCUGAGUGGACUAUUUUAGAUGUUUUCAAUUAUUUCAAGAAAGCUGGGUUUGAAGAACAAGCUAUUGCUUUUCAAGAGCAGGAAAUAGAUGGCAAAUCUUUACUUCUAAUGAAAAGAAGUGAUGUGCUAACUGGACUGUCAAUCAAAUUGGGCCCAGCACUCAAGAUUUAUGAAUACCACGUGAAAGCACUACAGAUGCGUCAUUUAAAGAACAGCUCUUCAUAGUGUUGAAUUGGACUAAUGAACUCCCGUCUGAUUUGUUGUCUGCCUCCGACAUGGUGUAGCGGAAUGUGGUGGCACGACAGAUCAAUCAGAUCAAUACAGUGAGAAAUUGAUGUUAAUUUCAGUGAAAUAGUACGGGUUACGGAAAUGCUGUGCAAAAUAUAAGGGUUGUACAAAAUUGUCUUGGUGCUUUUCAAACUCAAAAGAGGGUCGCAUCUGGAGUUAAUAUGGCCACUUGUGCGCAAUUGGCUGCCGCGCCAAAUAUACAGUCAAUCC